CUCACUCACCCAUCACUUAGCACUUGCCGUCACUUUACCAUCACUUGGCCCUUGUCACCAUCACUGCCCAAGGCUGGCUACUUCUGAAGCCCCCGACGCCAUGGAGGAGUGGGAUGUGCCCCAGAUGAAGAAGGAGGUUGAGAGCCUCAAGUAUCAGCUGGCCUUCAAAAGGGAGAUGUCAUCCAAGACCAUCCCUGAGCUUCUCAAGUGGAUUGAGGACGGGAUCCCCAAGGACCCCUUCCUGAACCCUGAUCUCAUGAAGAACAACCCAUGGGUGGAGAAGGGCAAGUGUGCCAUCCUGUGAGAACCCCACACUCCCGGGCUUGUGCCUCUGUGAAAAGAACAACUCUGUAAAGGUGUGACUUUUAUAAAGACUUCUGGGGAUA